CUAACAACUCAGCGUUCAUUCAAGCUCAAUGGACGCUAAAAAGGGCGUACCCGCAUCUCAGAUACACAUCCCAGAGUAUCAAGACUUAGGUCCUGUCCAUAUCCCGGCCUCUGUUUCCCUGGAGAGUCUUUCUGGGAAGUCAGUGCUGGUCACUGGAGGUGCUGGCGGGUUAGGCAAAGCAUAUGCUUGGGCAUUCGUUGAGGCCGGGUAAUGAUCCAGAGGUCACCAGCGAAAACUUCAGAUGCUGAUGAGGAGCUAGCGCCUACGUCACUGUUGCUGAUUUAAAGGACACUUUGGGCAAAGAGACCGUUGCGGAGCUGGGGAG